AUGUUAGUUGUCCAAAGUUUCAUAUACUACCAAACCUAUAAGAACGACAAGAAAUGGAUCCGCUAUCUGAUUCUCUAUCUAUUUCUUGUGGAGACUCUGAAUAGCGCUUUGGCAAUGUUCACCAUGUAUGAGCCCCUUGUUCUUCGUUACGGCACGGAGGAGGGAAUAACCAACAUUCCUAUAAUGCUGUUGGCAGACCCAUUUGUGACGGUUUUUAUUUCCACACCGAUCCAGCUGUUCCUCGCUUGGCGAAUCAAGAUCAUCAGUCAGUCCAAAGUACUGACUGGCAUAAUCUCCUUUUUUGCCAUGUCAUCGUUCAUUGGCGGAAUUGCUGCACCCAUCGCUACCAAAGUUACGGACAGUAUGACUUAUGAUCGCCUCCCACGGAUGGCCCCUGGUAUCAUUACAUGGCUGACAUCCGCUGCCACAACGGACAUCAUCAUCACAGUCAGCCUUGUAUACCACUUGUAUCGUAGGAAGACCGGUGUUCGGAGCACGGAUGACUUGGUGAAUAGGAUCAUGCGGCUCACCAUCCAGACAGGUAUGAUCACUGCUCUCUUCGCUACUUUAGACGUGAUUUGUUUCAACGCCUUUCAUCAAACGUCAAUGAACUUCGCAUGGGACUUCCCUCUCUGCAAAUUAUACACCAACUCGCUGUUGUCUACCCUGAACGCCCGGGCUGGAUGGAACAACCUUGUUAUAAACGACGAGUCAAAUGUCUUGUUCGGUGGUGACAAUAACCAAAGCAUGAUGCGGCGGACUGACAGAACAACUACAAGGUCUAAGACGGACCAUCGGAAGAUUGUCACAGGUGUAUACGAGCUCGGGACAGCUUCUACGUCGACACGUCUUGGAAAAGAUAUUGAUUUGGAGGCUGAUCAGAGUGCCGCUGUACAUGUUACAAAGGUGAUUGAACACUCCGUAGACCCGUCGCAAGAAAACACGGUUCGACCGCAGUAUACGCAGUGA